UUAAUUGAAAAAGUAUUCAGCAAUCACACGACAAUCUUAGGCUGGAUUCAGACUGGACGCCAGUGGACGCGAUAAGCGAUGAGCGACGAGCGAUUAUAUAUCCAAUGAGCGUGCAGGUUAUAUUGGAAAGCGUACAGUUUUCCUAUAUAAAAACUGCACGCCCAUUUGAUAUCGCGCGUCGCUCGUCGCUCAUCGCGUCCAGUCUGAAUCCAGCCUAAGAUUGUCGUGUGAUUGCUGAAUAAAUGUGAAUUAACCUACUUGCGUAUGCUCUGUAUGAAAACUAUGUAUUCCACUGUUGUUGAAGUCGGUGCCACGGCGAUUUUCGCUUGCGUAUAUCUUCUCUAUUGGCGAAGUCGUAAGCUGCAGUGCAGUGUUGCAAGACAUGAAACGCGGUCCCUCGGAAACAAAACAGAGGGCGUAGUGCAUGUCUGUCUUACUGCGAUGCUAAUGGCUUCUGCACACAAGACGCGGAAACGCUUGCUACGCAGGAAAAGCAUUGCGGUAACCAAUCAAUUUCGUCUUUCUGUAAGAACGAAAGAAUGAUUUGACGCUACCGCGUUGUUUCCUGCCGCGCAAACGUUUCCGCGUCCUGUGUGCAGAAGCCAUGAUUGGAGCUGAAAGCAGAGAUGCAAACUUUGGGGCUGAGCACCGAGUGUAACACUUCGAUGGUGCUCGGCCCCAAAGUUUGCAUCUCUGGCUGAAAGCACAUUCAAUCGUUCAACGUUGCUCUUGUCGGUGAGUGUUCCCUCCAUAUUGUGUCCACCAAGGCUACGUACAUCUCAUUUCUGACAUCAUUGCUGCAGUGAUACGAUAUUAUAGCCGCGAUCCACUGCGAAUAUAUGAUAAGGCGCAAGAUAAAACCUAGCAAAGUGUUGCUAAGUGAGUAAGGUUAGUAGCUUAGAAAUAUUAGAGGUUACGCGUUAAAGACUUGUUUUGUGCAAAUUUUUUCUGUUUCUCCCUUGUCCUUUCUAUUAGAUAUCGGAUCAUUGACGGGAAGCAACGAGUUGAUAAUUAAAUUUUUUUAAUUUUUAAAUGCGAGUGAAAUUAUUCUUAAAGUAAAAAAAUGGAUAUAGAAGAAAAGAUGUGGGCCCGUGUGGAAUAUGAACUUGAUAAGCAAAAAGCUGAUGUUCCACUAUCCUUUUUCAAAGAUCAUGAAGUGGUAUUUCGUGAACUGCAAUCUUGUAUUACAAGAUCAAUGUACAAGGUAUUUUGGAGCAAUAAACAAUCAGAUACCCCAAAAAAGAUAUUGAAAGAGCAAGGACAAAUAUUAGACAUUGAAAAAAUUGUGUGUGGAAAGAAAAGUGUGCCCGUUACAGGUUAUUACACAGCCAAACUGCUGCAGUAUGCAGAUUCUCUUCGUGAUCUUCUUGCUUUGUGUGAAGACCAGAAGGGACGGAGGCCAAUUCAGCCUACAAUGAAAACAACAGAGCGCAAAGAAAACAAAAAAAUGACGGGCAAGAAUACGAUGAGUAAGUACAUUGAAGAAGCAAGGCAACACAAUCUUUUAAGAUUAAGCGAUGAUCCAUGUGACCAAAACGAAAAAAGAGGAAAACUAACCAGUGAGGAAAUUAAAAGUAGCGAAGAGACAAAACUUUCAAACAAAGUUUGUUCUCUUCGAGAACUUUCGAAUGAUGGAGAUGAUUUGCGUUCUGUGGAUUGCGUUUCAAAAAAAGAUGAUUGUAAGGGAAGGGUUAUUAAGAAGCAAAGGACUGUAAGCACGAAUAAUACGGAAACCACUACGUCUUCAUUCCAUUCUCUUCAAGAAGAGCUCAGAGAAUGGAAAUUAAAAUAUGCAGCAUUAGAAACGAAAUACAAAGAUUUUAAAGAUCGCUACUUAAAAGUGUUGGACUUAAAUGUUAGAUGGCAAGAGAAAGAAUUGUCACGUCACUCAUCUCAUCGGUCCUCUCACAAGCCAGAAUCUUCAAAGGACAAAAAUGCCAAGCAUGAUAGUUAUAAUUCUAAAGAUCUUCUGAAGAAGUGUAAUAAUCAACUAGAAUAUACUCAGUCUUCCAGUUCUAGUAGCAGUAAAAAGACCCAAUCAUCUCAACGACGAAGUGAUUUUAAUCGCACUGAUGGAAGUGACAUAAUAAUAAAUGAUGAUUUGCCUAUUAUUAACGACAUUCCUUUAGGAGCAACCGUAUUAAACAUUGACCCGACAAAUUCUCCUCCUAAAAUUCUCUCGACAACAAUCAAUUCUCUGAGUAGCUCUCCGAGGAGUCAACAUGCUAAUCAUGUAUUACCUGCGGCUGGCGACAUGAAUUUUGAGAAGAAUUUAAAUAACGUAAGCAAAACUUGUGAAAUUUUACCGUAUUUGGAUAAGAGUGUUGCUAGGGCUAUAAAUAAAAAUGAUAUUUUGGAUGGGCCCGCUUAUAACAUUCAACCUCCAAAAGGAGUCUCUGCUGUAUCACAAGCACAAUUCGAUCGACUAAACAAAGCUGAAACAGGGUCGAAGGGAGAUUGGAAAUUUGUUAAGAGAAUCGCUGAUAUGAUGUGGACCCGUGUGGAACUAUCAAAUAGAAGUGCUUCGGGAAGGCCCUGCCCAAAUAAAAUAAAUUGUGAGGCACGGCAAGCAUGCUCGCCUGAUAAAAAGAAAUAUCUGUCAGAUCUUCUAGAAACAAGAAUUUUCUUAGAAAACGCUUCUCUAAAUCCGAUGGAUUUACAUAAACGUCUGAGCAAUAUUAAUAAGAUAUUGUCAUCGAAAAUAAAAACUGUUCGUAAAACAUUCAAAGACAUAUCUUCUGAGGAAGAAAAUUAAGACUUAAUAAUACAGAAUAUAAAAAUUACAAUUAUAAUAAAUACUAUACUCAUUA